GCAUUCCCACCACAUAAUCAUAUUCUUUUGGCUAUGCCACAACUAGAGAUUGAUAGAUUUAAAGCUUGCGAGUUCUGGCCCCUCUGGGACUUGUCAUCACCUGCACAAAACCAGAAUUUGUGAUGGCAGCUGCAUUAGUUGGUGGGGCUGCACUGGGAGCAGCAUUUGGAGAGUUGUUAAAAGCAGUUGUGAAAGCCAGAAACAGAGCCCUUAUGUUCAACACCAUCUUGAAGCGCAUGGAAUCCACACUUAAAUCCAUAAUUCCUGUGAUUAAAGAAAUCGAAGAGCUCAACAAAGUAUUGGAUCGUCCAAAACAGGAAAUGGGUCAAAUAAUGGAACAAAUCAAGAAAGGUGAAGAACUCGUUCUUGAAUGCUCAGGAAUACACUGGUUGGCCUGUUGGAAAAGGCCUAAAUACGCAGGCAAGCUUAUCAAGUUAGAAAAGUCACUCAAGUCUUUCUUCGAGAUUGUUAUGCAAGCCCAACAAGCAAGAGAUGGCAAGGAAACUUUGUUGGAGGUAAAAGAUCUGCGGAUGGAUUUGAAGCGAUUAGAUUUGAAUGUGAAGACUAGUAGGGCGCAUAAUGUGAAUGGAUAUAUUGCUCCAUUGGUGCUGCCCGAGCCACUGAUAAAUCCUAUAGGAUUAGAGGUGCCAUUAAGGGAAUUGAAGAUGGAGCUGUUCAAUGAUAAAGUGUCCAUGGUUGUGUUGUCUGCUCCUCCAGGUUGUGGAAAGACCACUUUGGCUAAACUACUUUGUCAUGAUAAAGAAGUUAAAGAGAAAUUUGGUGAUAAUAUCUUCUUUGUAAUUGUGUCGAGAAAACCAACCUUGGAGAGCAUUGUACAGAGACUAUUUCAGCACAAGGGUUAUGAGGUGCCUCAGUUUCAAACAGAUGAACAUUUAGUCUACCACUUGGAACAAUUUUUGAAAAGCCUAGCACCAAGUGCUAUAUUAUUAAUCCUGGAUGAUAUUUGGCCUGAAUCGGAUUCCCUUCUUGAUAAGUUCAACUUCCAAAUCCCAAAUUACAAGAUUUUGGUAACAUCAAGAUCUUCAUUGCGAAGAUUUGGUUCAUCAUAUAAGCUGAAGCCACUGAAUGAUAAAGAUGCCAUGACUGUUUUCUGUAACUCUGCUUUCCUUCAGGAUAAGAGCUCUAAUAUUGAUGAAGACGUUGUGAAAAAGAUAGUGAAAGGGUGCAAGGGUUUUCCUCUAGCUCUUAAAGUGGUUGGCAGAUCUCUUUGCGGAGAGCCUGAGGAAAUCUGGAAAAGAAAAGAAAUGGAAUUGUCAAAACACGGUACUAUUUUUGAAGAUGAUGAACUAAUCCAUUGUCUCCAAAGUAGUUUGGAUGCCUUGGAUAACAAAAUUAUUGUCAAGGAAUGUUUUAUGGACCUGUGUUCAUUUCCUGAAGACCAAAGAAUCCCUGCCACUGCCCUCAUUGAUAUGUGGGCAGAACUGUAUGAACUAGAUGAAGAUGGUGUACAUGCCAUUGCCAACCUCCAUGAACUUUCCAACAGGAAUUUAAUUGAUCUUUGUGUUGCAAGGAAAGAUGCAAGUGGCUACUAUAAUAAGCACUUCGUUAUGCAGCAUGAUCUUCUGAGAGAACUAGCCAUCCUUCAGAGUAGCUUGGAAUCCUUUGAAAAGAGAAAAAGACUAAUCAUAGAGAUAAGAGCCAACAAUGUUCCCAACUGGUGCAUGGAGCAAAAGCAGCCUAGCGUAGGCGGCCGCCUCUUGUCUAUCUUCACAGAUGAAAAGUUUUCAUCAAAUUGGUGCAACAUACAAGCACCUGAAGUUGAGGUUUUGGUUCUGAACUGUCGCACAAAGACCUACAGUUUACCCGAUUUCUUCGGAAAAAUGAAAAAAUUAAAGGUUUUGAUUGUCACAAAAUAUGGUUUCUUUCCUACUGAAAUAAGAAAUUUCCCAUUUCUUGGUACUAUAUCCAAUUUGAAGAGGAUCAGAUUGGAGAAGGUUUCAAUUCCUUCCUUUGGCUUCACCUCUGUACAGUUCAAGAAUCUGCACAAAAUAACCUUGGUGCUAUGCAAUAUUGGCCAAGCUUUUAGCAGUACAUCUACCAUCCAAGUUUCAGAUGCAUUGCCAAAUUUGGUGGAAAUAAACAUCGACUACUCCAACGAUCUAGUCGAGUUGCCUGUUGGGCUGUGUCAACUUAUCCAGCUAGGGAAACUGAGCAUCACCAAUUGUCACAAGUUGGUUGCACUGCCUAAAGAAAUAGGCAACCUGGUUAAUUUAGAGAUUGUAAGAUUUAGCGGCUGCAUUGAACUGGCAGAGUUACCGAGCACGAUUGGAAGCCUCCAUAAGUUAAAAAUUCUUGAUAUAUCCGAGUGUUCAGAAAUCAGAAAAUUGCCUGAACAGAUUAGGGAUCUGCAAAAUCUAAGAAAGCUCCACAUGAUCGGAUGCUCAAACAAAAUUGAGCUACCCCCUUCAAUCUUGGAACUAGAGCAUCUCAAGGAAGUGAUAUGUGAUGAAGAAAUAGCCAACUUAUGGGAGCCAUUUGUUGACCAACUUGAGAAUUUGGAGAUUCAGGUGGACAAAGAAGACAUCAACUUAAACUGGCUUUACAAUGUUGGUUUUUGACCAACUCUUCUCUCAAAUAUUGUUAGACAGCCAUCGUUCUUAACUCCCUUGUAAUGUUCCAUUCAUUCUAGUCUUUAUUUGAUGUUUUUCAUAAUGGAAUUAGUGUGAACUAUUUCACAA